AUGGGAGCAAAGGCCAGCACGGCCAACGGCGAUGACGGCGGCGCCGGCCACGGCGACCACCGGUCGUUCUCUUCAGGCAACGGGUCGGAUUCUGUGCAGACUGCCGGCAACCCUGGGUUCAGCAUUUUGCGUUCCCUGCCCAGCGCUGUAGCCAAUGACAGACAGCGCGCCAGGUCUCUGUCCGGUGUGCCCAAUGGCCAUGACAACAACAGCAACUCCACGAGUCCGCGGUUCGAUAUCACAGAUGUCUUGGAAGCCGACAGCAGCUCAAACGACGACCAGAACUUGGACAGUCCAACAGUCACUGCUAAUAUCAGUCUUGGACGUGUUUAUUCGGCUCACUCGUUACCUGCACAUAUUUGGCCAUUCAAUGGAAUUAAGUGUCCAGUAUGUUCAAAGUUUGUUUUACCAGACGAGAUUGAAGUACAUCUGAUUAUGUGCUUGACCAAACCUAGACUGAUUUACAACGAAGACGUUUUAAAAGAUGAUAAAGGUGAAUGUGUCAUAUGUUUGGAAGAACUGAUACAAGGUGAUACCAUAGCCAGGCUUCCUUGCCUUUGCAUAUACCAUAAAACAUGUAUAGACCGGUGGUUUGAAGUGAACAGAUCGUGCCCAGAGCAUCCCGGAGAUUGA